ACUAUGUGACUGAUGGUCUGAUAUUUCAUUUAAAAUUUCAUAAAUAAAUUAAUUUUAUUUUCAAUUUAUUUAACCCUUUCCCUAUACAUAAAUGGAUCUCAAAAUAUGUAGAUUAUGUUGUGAAAAUAAAGGAAAUUCCUACAUACAUGACAAAAUUAAUGAUAAAAUUAUUUUAAGUGCCAAAAUAAUGUAUUGUUGUGCCAAUAUAAACAUUGUUGAAGGUGACGGACUUCCAGAAUUCAUCUGCAACAAUUGUGAAUCAGAACUGUCCACUGCUUAUAAUUUUAUAAAAAAAUGUGAAGCCACCGAUAAAAUAUUACGUUCAGAGGAAUUUAACCAACCCUCUCCAAAUAUGAACGAUCAUGAUGAUAGCCAAGGAAAAGUUAGCGUGAAGAUUGAAGAAAACCCUGGUAGUGAUGAAGAUCUAGCUUAUGAUGAUAUUGAAGAUAAGUUUGAUAUUACUUGCGAAAUUCUUAAUCCAGAUAUCCAAUUAAAUAAUAGUAUAAAAUGCAAAAAACCAAUAAAAAAGAAAGUAUAUAAAAAGAGAGUAAAAAUGAAAUCAUCAACUUUAAAAAAAUGUUCUAUUUGCAAUCGAAAGUGUGCUAAUUCGUCUACAUUGGUCAUACAUAUGAGAUCACAUUCUGAUGAAAAACCAUACUCUUGUCUGUCUUGUGAUAAAAAAUAUAAAGAUUCUGGAACCCUUAAAAGACAUGUAGAAAGAAACCAUUUAGAAAAUAGAGAACGAAAUUUUAUAUGUGAAAACUGUGGUAAAAGUUUUUAUUCAAAAAGUGAUGUUAAAAUACAUAUGAGAACUCAUACAGGUGAAACACCUUAUGCAUGCUCAGAGUGUCCUAUGAAAUUUACACAGAUAAGUGCAAUGCUGCGGCAUGUGAAGAGGCAUACUGGUGAGAAGCCCUACACAUGUAUCACAUGCAGUAAAGCAUUCUGUACCAAAGAGGAAUUAAAGAACCACCAUAUGGUUCACACAAGCAAAAAACAGUUUUCAUGUUCCAUCUGUAAUAUCAUGUUUAAAUAUAGAAAUAAUUUAAAAAAACAUUUGAGGCUACACUCUAAAUCAGAUCAUUAUAUUUGCAGUUACUGUGGGCGUAAUUUUAAUUUAAAAGGCAAUUUAAAGAUUCAUAUCAACCGGCAACAUUCUGAGAAGUCUGGUUAUUGUACUAUAUGCUCUAUGAAUGUAUCAGACUUAGAAGUCCAUACAAGAAAACACACAGGAGAAAAACCAUUAAAGUGUGAGUUUUGUAGUAGUAGUUUUGGGGAAUUGAGAGCUUUAGCUCUCCAUAUGAGCUUUCGUCAUAAAAAAACAGAUAAACAUAAAUGUCUAGUAGAGGGUUGCAUGAUGGCAUUUCCAUCUCGGCCCAUGCUAAAUUUUCACACAGCUAAGCUUCAUAGCACGGAGAUACCAUUUCCUUGUGAUCAAUGUUCCAGAGGAUUUUAUAGAAAGAGUGAUCUUGCAAGACAUAAAAUAGGCACACAUAAGGAAAGGCUUCUAAUUUAGACAAUGCGGCACUAUUCAAAAUUUACCAAAAAAGUUUGGAAUUUGUAUUGUGAUAUAUAUUCACUUAUUUGACAUAAAAUAUGUCCAUAGAAUUGCUAAAUGUCAUUUAGUGAAGAGUGUUUUAAUUAUCAACAUUCAGUAUGCUUUGUUUAGUGCAAAAGACCUAUCAAAACUCAUGUGUCUAACAAAGUUCCAGUCACAUCUAGUAUAUUAUGAAUGUACUUGCUCCAAACCAUUAUUGUAUCUAAUCUCAAUUUGAAUAUCAUAGAGGGUUGUAAUUAUCUAGCUGAAAAAUAUUUUGAAUUAUAACUAUUUCAUUUUUUUUUAGUUAUUAUUUAUCUUGAUUGUAUGUUAUAUUAUAAAUAUCUAGCUGAUAUAUGAUACUUAGAUUUUUUAGAUAAAAGAUAGUUUAAGUUUAAUGUCAAAUACAAUCUUAUCUUUUUAUCAAAUCUGUAGUCUGCAGUAGUCUGCAAUCUCUGUCUGAGCCAUGAAAUACUAAUAAACAGACACUUUUGAUUUGCAAUAUUACUAUGUAGUAUUCUGCAAACUGAUACAAAUGUUAAUAAAUGUUGAUACAGAAUAAUAAUUCCUAGUCAUCAACUUGAAUCAAUUUGUGGUUAUAGCAUUUACCAUAACCACAAGGGAUAUGUUGAAUGGUCAUAUUUUAGAGUUAUCCAAUGUUAGGUGACCAAUAAAUUACAUAAUUGCUGGUGACACCAUAGGAAUGUUAAGUCUGAGAAAAUAAUAAAAUGGUUUUUGACCCAAGUUAUUAACCAUUAGUUGUCAACCAUUGUCUCAGCUCUUAGGAUUUAGUUCAAUUGUCAGUAAUUUAAUAUUUUCAUUAUACUUAUGACCAAAACUAGUCAUCUGAUUUCAACUUGUGAUAUAAUUUAAGGAAACAUUUUAUAAAUUAAGGAAAUAAAAUAAAU